UUCAGUUUAGUCACGUAAAAAAGCAGCAGGAACCCACACAUUUUCAGCUCACCAAUUCAUACCUAUCGAGCCAAGAACAGCACGCCAAGAAAACACAAAUAGAUUGCUCCCUUAUAACACAUGACCUCCUGCUAUAACUAUAGACAACCAUAUCAUAUGUACAAUAGUCCUAUUCCCCAUCAUCCCAACACCAUGAUCAGCCCGAAGAACAACAGCAACAACCUCACCUCCCUUUCCUCCUCCUUGUCCAGUGAUAUUGCCGGAAACUUCAUUUCGCCGCGACUGUUUUUCUUGCAACAGAUUCAAGUUUUAGAGCUCCUCCUUGCUCUUGUGGUCUUCAUCGCUAUUCAUUCUUUAAGGCAGAAAAGGCGUUGUGGACUGCCCGUAUGGCCUGUUCUAGGCAUGCUACCAUCUUUGGUGUCUGGCCUUCAUUGCAACAUGUAUGAAUGGAUGUCCGAAGUGCUUUGUGAUCAAAAUGGGACUUUUAGGUUCAAAGGUCCAUGGUUUAGUAGCCUCAAUUGUGUAGUGACUGCGGAUCCAAGAAAUCUUGAGCACCUUCUCAAGACCAAGUUCCCUAAUUACCCUAAAGGCCAAUAUUUUCGCGACACCGUGGGUGAUCUUCUCGGUGGAGGAAUAUUCAAUGCUGAUGAUGAGAAAUGGCAAAGGCAAAGAAAGACAGCAAGCAUUGAGUUUCAUUCAACAAAAUUCAGGCAAUUAACUACUGAGUCAUUGCUUGAACUUGUCCAUUCUAGGCUCUUGCCAGUUCUAGAAAACGCAGUGAACAACUCGAUGUCGAUUGAUAUACAGGAUAUUCUACUGAGGUUAACAUUUGAUAAUGUUUGCAUGAUAGCAUUUGGGGUUGAUCCAGGAUGUUUGCGUCCAGGUUUGCCUGACAUACCAUUCGCUAGAGCCUUUGAAGAUGCAACAGAAGCUACUCUCCUACGUUUUGUUACACCAACAUGCAUAUGGAAAGCUAUGAGGUAUCUUGAUUUGGGGUCCGAAAAGAAGCUGAAAAGAUCAAUAAAAGAUGUGGAUGAGUUUGCAGAAGAUGUCAUAAGGACAAGAAAGAAAGAACUCUCUAUACAGAGUGAGGAUGAUAAGAAGAAGCAAGGAUCAGAUCUUUUAACAGUGUUCAUGGGAUUAAAAGAUGAGAACGGAAAGCCAUUUUCAGACAGAUUCUUGAGAGAUAUUUGUGUGAACUUCAUUCUUGCUGGCAGAGACACUUCUUCAGUGGCAAUGAGUUGGUUCUUUUGGCUUCUUGAUUCACAUCCAACGGUAGAGGAGAAGAUUCUUGCUGAGAUUUGCAAGAUAGUUAGCGAGAGAGAAGAGUUGGACACCAAAACUCCAUUAGUGUUUAGUCCGCAGGAGAUAAAGAAGAUGAACUAUUUGCAAGCUGCUUUAUCUGAGGCCUUGAGGUUGUACCCUUCAGUGCCAGUGGACCACAAGGAGGUUGUCGAGGAUGACAUUUUUCCUGAUGGAACUGUACUAGAGAAAGGUACAAAAGUGAUCUAUGCAAUAUAUGCAAUGGGAAGGAUGGAGGCAAUAUGGGGAAGUGACUGUAGGGAGUUUAAGCCAGAGAGAUGGAUAAGAGUGGUCGACGGACGAUUCAUGAGUGAAUCAGCCUACAAAUUCACUGCUUUCAAUGGUGGUCCUCGACUAUGCUUAGGGAAAGAUUUUGCUUACUAUCAAAUGAAGUUUACUGUGGCAUCAAUCUUAUUUCAUUACCAUGUGAAGGUAGUGAAAGAUCAUCCUGUUGUGCCCAAGCUUGCUUUGACAAUGUACAUGAAGCACGGGUUGAAGGUAAAUCUAGUCAAGCGUGAGGAGUCUAUGCUUCAAGAAUAUCUUAAUAUCAAGUAGUAAUGUCACAACAAGAACAGAUGCUUAUAUAUAUAUAUUAUUAGUAAUGAUAUGUUCUUCCAUUGUUUAUGUAAAAACAUACUACUGUUAUCUGCAAAAUUUAUUUAUAUGACUUGUUGAGAUUUGAGAAAGUGUAGAAGGAAAAGAUGGAGCAUUUUUAGUUUAGGAAACUACACUUGAUCAAUAAUGGAUUUGGAUUUGGAUUGUUCUUAAUACAAUCCUUAAUCUGAAGAAUUAUAUUGUGUUGUGUUAUUGCUGAUGUAUUCAAAUAAUAAAUUACAAGUCGAUUAGUAAUUUCUUGUCA